CUCGGAUUGGCUCAUCUACGCCUGUAAGGCCCUCUCAUCUACGCAGGCGCUCGAUUUGCUCAUCACAUUCUGCCUAGCAGACUUGUGUUUGGUCAAUAAUCCCGCGCCGGAUCCGAAAGGCUGACUGCUGUCGUCGUGCCGGGUGUGGCGGGUCAUCCAUCCAUCCAUUCAUCUCGUGUGGUGUUUGGUGUGCGUGAGGAUGAUAUCUGCGCCGAAGCGGAGCAACACGGGGGGGACGGGGAAGAAGAUGGUCAUCAAGGCCUUCAAAGGUACGCACGCACACGCGGGACGGACGGCAGGGAGGCAAAGGGAAACACAAAGACAGACAGACAAACAGACAGAGAAACAGAGAAACAGGGCUUCCCGCGCUUCUCUGUCUGUCUAUCUGUCUGUCUGUCUGUCGUGCAUGUCGUGUGUGUGCUGUGCUGUGCUCUGUGUGUGUGUGUGUGUGUGUCCAGAGAAGCCUCGUCUGCCCGAGGAUUUUGAGGACCGCACCUGGGACAAGCUGCAGCGGGCUGUCGUGGCCGUCUUCGAACGCAGAAAAAUCAACGACAGCGAAGAAGAUCUAUACAGAGUACACCUAGGCAGACAGACAGAUCAGCAGAGCAAGCAGACCUCUGCAGGAACUUCCCUCGCUCAUGGGUUGGGUAAAUGUCGUGGUUUGUUUGUCGAGCGCAGGACGUCGAGAAUUUGUGUCUGCACAAGAUGGCCGCCAACCUGUACGGCCGCGUCGAGAAGGAGUGCUCACAACACAUCACCAAAAAAGUCAAGUCAGUGCCCGGCGAGCGAAUCACAAACACACAACAGCCACUGCACUGCCUUACCCUCUCCCACCUGUCCGUGUGUGUGUGCGUGUGUGUGUGUGUGACACUGCAGCUCUCUGUUGGCGCAGGCGGGCGACCCUGAGGCGUUUCUGCCUCUAGUGGAGCAGCUCUGGAAGGAGCACUGCCAGACCAUGGUGGGUCGGUCAGUCAGUCAGUCAGGACACACAGACAGACAGACAGACACAAGGACUGCCACCCACACCACAGCACACCACACCUGACAACCACAUGCCUCACUGAGUGAGAAGUUACGUCUGCCUUGUCCUCCCUCCUCCCGACUCCCGACUCCCUGCUGCCGCCCGCAGGCCACCCUUCAGAAUUUCUUUCUGUGUUUGGAUCGCACCUAUGUCCUCGCCCAGCAGAACAGCCACAUCAGGCCUGUCUGGUCAGCACACCACAGCACCUACACACACACACACACAAGGAAGGUUGGACACCAAGGAAACGAUCCCUGCAUUGACCGAGUGUGUCUGCCUGUGUGGUGUGCAGGGAGCUGGGUCUGUGGCAGUUUCGGAAGCGUUUCCAGGAGCUGCAGGAGGUGCAGAGUAAAACGGUCGACGGGCUGCUCGCACUCAUACAAAGCGAAAGGUGGGAGGCCCGCCGGGGCUCGACACACUCUCUCUCUCUCUCUCUCUCCGUAUGUCUCUGUGUGUGUGUUUGUGUUGUGUCACGUCAGGCAAGGGCUGUAUGUGCCGCGCGAUUUGCUCAAGACCCUGGUGCGCAUGCUCGUCAGCCUCAGGGUAACCAGACCACCUGACCUGACCACAGAACAGACCAGCAGUCGGCACGCAGACCAGACAACUGAGCUGCCGGGCGUGUGUGUGCGUGUGCAUAUGUCUAGGUAUACGACGAGGCGUUUGAGAAGAAGUUUCUGGAGGAGACAGCCCGGUUCUACGAGAACGAGGGUAACCAGCUCAUAUCGACCGCACAGGCCGCAGACUUCCUCGCACACGUCGAACGCAGAAUCAACCAAGAGGUGCCCUCAGGGCAGGGCCAGCACCCCACACAGCCGAUAUAUAGCUAACAAGACAGCCUGCAAACAGACAUCUAUCUCUGUCUGUGUGUGUGCUUGUCAUGUUGUUUGUCGUGCUGUCUGUCGUGUUUGUUUGUUGUGUGCUGUGCAGGAGGAUCGUCUGCAGAAGUACCUCGACAUCCGCACCCGCAGCCGGCUGCUGGACUGUGUGCGUCGCCGGCUGCUGGAGAACCACACGCAGGACCUCCUUGACAAGGGUCAGUCAAUCACAUCACACCACAGAGAGAGGAAAGGGCUGGGGCCAUUCUGUGUGCCUGUGUGUGUGUGUGUGUGUGUAUUUGUGUGCGUCAGGGUUCAUGUCGUUGGUUGAGUAUGAUCGCGUGACGGACCUUGAGAGGCUCUACCGGCUCUAUAACCAGGUAGAUGGACUGGACAGGACAGACGCACAGAGGCCCGCCAGCCCAAGGAUCCCCUAUGCCGCUGUUAAUCUGUGUGUGUAGGUUGAUGCGUUGCCCAAGGUGCGUGCCGCCUGGUCAUCCUGCGUCAAGGUCAGUCAGUAGGGCGGUCUGGUCUGCCCACACACACACACACACACACAGAUGUCCAACGGAAGAUCGGCACAUCAUUCAGGUGUGUGUGUGUGUCAAUAUUGCCUGUCUGCCUCGAUAUGAUAUCCACAGAAGUUCGGUGCUGCGAUGAUGAAGGACGAGGAGCGCGAGAACCAGAGGAUGCUGGUCGGCAACCUACUAGAGUUCAAGACGCGACUCGACACCAUACACCAGAAGGCAUUCCAGAAGAAUCUCGACUUCCACCUUUCCAUGAAGGUAGGUGACUCACACACGUGUGUGUGUGUGUGUGCGGGCGGCGAGCGAGGGAGCGAGGAUGCAUCACUAUCGGUUGUCUCCUGAGUCGCCAUGACGGCGCGUCAGUUUUUGACGGCCUUUGGCGCCACACUGUGCUGACACUGACUCUCGUGUCAUAGUUACGCUGAGCUACCCUCCACACCACACCCUGCACACCACACACACGUGGAUGGAUGGAUGCCUGGAUGUCACACGUGCCGAUGCACCUGCUGCACUCAGCCACUUGUGUGUGUGUGUGUGUGUCUAGGAUUCGUUUGAGACCUUCCUCAACGAAAACCCCAAUGUCCCCGCGUCGCUGCUCGGUAGGUAAUCCAUCACUCACACUCACGUAGGCACACUGUCUGUGUGUGUGUGUGUGUGUCAGCCAAGUAUGUGGACGAGCUGCUGCGCGGCGGCAGUGGAGGUGCGUCGGGGGUGGGGCGGCCCUCCAGCGACCUGGAGCUCGACGAGACACUCGACCGGGUCAUGGUGCUCUUCAGAUAUCUCUACGCCAAAGACACUUUCGAGGUCACACAGACAGACAUACAGACAUACAUACAGACAGACAGACAGAUGGCUGGAGGGACAGAGAGAGAGAGACGGAAGUGCCUCGUGUGUGUGUGUGUGUGUGUUGGGCGCAGGCGUUUUACAAGAAGGAUUUGGCCAAGCGGUUGCUGCUGUCCAAGUCGAGCUCGACGGACGCCGAGAAGUCCAUGAUACAGAAACUCAAGGAGGGUGCGACACGACAUAGCACACACAGAGCUCACACAGACACAUACAUGCACCCCCACACGCAAGAGGGGAUGCCGUCACCGUGUGUGUCUUCAGAGUGCGGAACGUCAUUCACCACCAAGCUCGAGGGCAUGUUCAAAGACAUGGUCUCCCACCACACACCCACUCACACAGAGACACACACAGAUGCAGCCCCUGUUUCCCUGCCUGUCUGCAGGACCUGUCGCGCGGCACACUCGACACUUUCCUGGCAGUAAGGACACCACACACACGAUGGCUGACCGGUCAUCAGAUCUACCGUCAUCGGCCGUAAUCUCUCUCUCGUAGCGUGAGGAGACGCAGGGUGCGUUGAAGGACGCCGGCAUGGAGUUCACCUGCCACGUGCUGACGACGGGCACCUGGCCGCACUACACCACAUGCGCCGACAUCGCAUACCCCAACAGUGUAAUGUCCUUAGCUGCAGCACAUGGGCUGGGCAGCGGGAGGGAGGGGGGCAAUGAGAAUGAGAAUGAGUGUGUGUGUGGUGUUGUGUAGGCGAAUCGCGUGCAGGAGAUGUUUCGCCGAUACUACCUCUCAAAGCACAGCGGUAGGGGUCAGAUCAGUGGGGCCCGGCAGAGGGCCCAGACACAGACAGACAGACAGACCGUCUUGACUGACUGUGGGUCACGGUUUGUUUCCUUCCCUUGUGUGUCGCAGGUCGUAGUUUGAAGUUCCUGACCUCCCUCGGCCAGGCCACCCUCCGCGCAUCCUUCACCGCACCCGCAAGGGUGGGGGUCAGUCUCUCUCACACAACACAACCAAACCAAGCCAAGCCCAGCCAGCAUCUCUGCUCACUCUCUCACUCUGUGCUGUUCAGCAAGCUGUCGGGUCAGAGGGCAGUGCUCCUGCUGGUGCUAGUGGUGGUGGUGACGGUGGUGACAGUGUCAUGACUGACGGUCCCGCAGCUGCGGCAGCGGCAGCGGCGCCCUCCGGCCGUGCGUCUGGCAAGGGGGUGGGGGGGAGGGGCAGACACGAACUGGUCGUCUCGCACUGCCAGGUCUAUCAAGAAGGGGGGCAGCGCGUGUCAUGGGGUGUCCAUCAACUCAGUUCAACUAACGAAUGCACGUCUUUUCGUUGUCAGGCGAUCGUGUUGCUGCUGUUCAACCAUGCCGACAGCCUCUCGUGCGACGAAAUCGAAGCCGCUACCAAAAUAGGUAGGUAGGAAGCGACACACACACACACACACACAGAGGUGACCAGCCACACAAACAAGUGACUGGCGGGUUGUGCGCAGAGCGCAGUGAGCUGGUCCGGACGCUGCAGUCGCUGUCGUUGCACAAGGUCAACAAACUCCUCAUCAAGAGGUCACCCGGCAGAGAGGUACACACACACACACACAGAGAGAGAGAGAGAGAGGCAGAGAGGCAGAGAGGCAGCCAGAUCCGGGUGAGAAUGUUGGUUGAUGUGUGUGUGGCUCUGUGUGUGUGUGGCUUAGGUGUCGGGCAGCGACGUGUUUGAGUUCAACUCCCAGUUCCUGAGCAAGCUCUUCAGGCUCACCAUCAACCAAAUACAGUCAAAGGAAACGGUCAGCCAGCCGGGAGGACACACACAUUGCAUUUUAACACAACGCAGUCAAUGCAUUGCAUCCCGUGUUUCCCAUGUCUGUCUGUCUGUCUGUCUGGCGUGUGCGUGUGUGUGUGCCAUCAGAAGGAGGAGGCUGACGCGACCCAGAACAAGGUCUUCGAGGACCGACAGUACCAGGUCGGUCAACCCUGCAACCAACGAACGCAUGCAUCACAAACACUCUGGCCCCCCGCCCUCCCACCCGGGUCACUCUCACCCGCUGUCUGUGUGUGUGUGUGUGUGUGUCUGGCGUGUGUGUGUGUGUGCAGGUUGACGCGGCGAUAGUUCGCAUCAUGAAGUACAAGAAGACCGCCCCCCACCAGGUGCUCAUGACGGAGCUAUUCAGCCAGAUACGCUUCCCAUGCAAAUCCUCCGACGUCAAGAAACGUAUCGAAUCGCUCAUCGAAAGAGGUGAGGUGCCUCAGCCAAGCCAAGCAUCCCCGCUGUCCCACCACACGGAGGCGCCUCCCUGCACUCUCUCUCUCUCUCUCUCUCUGUGCGUGUGUGUGUGUGAUGUGUCCUUGGCGUAGAGUAUCUGGAGCGCAACGCAGAUGACCCCAACACCUACAACUAUCUGGCGUGAUGCGAUACGAUGCGACACGACCAGCUCUGGGUAAAUGUGUGUGUGGCACUAGCUACUCCCCUCCCCCCCGGCCUGUCCGUCCGAUGGAGGGCAGAGCGGUAGGUAGCGCCAGACAGCGGCCGGAUCGGCCGGCUCCUUCCUGUGUCGUGUCGUAUACAUCUACGUAGCACAUCUACGUAGCCAGCGAGAGUGUUUGUUUGCUCUUCCUUGCGCGUGUGGGGGUGCAUGGAAUGAAGGUUGGCUGCCCCCGGAUGCGGACACAGCUGCCUGACCUGACGGGUGGUCACUGCUGGUCGUGUGUGUGCGUGUGUGUGUGCGUGUCGAGAGGCAAGCCGACAAGCGGCCGAAUGAAUGCCUCUUGUGUGUGUGAUCGUGGGACGACGGCUUUUUCUCUCGCUCGCCUCUGUGGUAGUGGCCGAGUGGCCGAGUGGCCGUGGUGUGGCGCCUUGCGUGAUAUAUGUGUGUGGCUCUCUGUAGCAUAAUGACUGACUGACGGUCGCGAUAUAUAUGCGGACGGCCGUGCCGAUUCGUGACAUAACCGAGUCACACUCUAUCGCAGCAAU